AUGCUCCCCUCUGACUUUGAAUGGGGCUUUGCAACAGCAGCCUACCAGAUUGAGGGGGCAGCCGCCCAAGACGGGCGGGCCCCGUCCAUCUGGGAUACCUUUAGCCACCUGGAACCCUCGCGUACAAAUGGAGACAACGGAGACGUCGCUUGUGACCACUACAACCGGUACGAAGAGGACCUUGAUCUCUUGGUCAAAUAUGGGGCCAAGGCAUACCGGUUCUCGCUGUCAUGGUCACGCAUCAUCCCUCUUGGUGGACGAGACGACCCUGUUAAUGAAGCGGGCAUUGGUUUUUAUAAUAGGCUGAUCGACAGCCUCUUGGCUCGCAAUAUCACACCCUGGGUAACGCUCUAUCAUUGGGAUCUUCCACAGGCACUCCAAGACCGGUAUGGAGGAUGGCUUGAUGGUGUAGAGUCUCAGAGGGACUUUGAGCGGUACGCGAGACUGUGUUAUGAGCGGUUCGGGGACCGGGUCAAGAGGUGGACUACGUUUAACGAGCCCUGGAAUACCAGUGUUAAUGGAUACAUCCGGUGCACCGAGCCCCCCGGUCGAGGCAGCAAUCCAACAAUCGAGCCCUGGAUCGUCGGCAAGUCGCUGAUCAUGGCACACGCAAGAGCCGCCAGGCUAUAUAAUUUCGAGUUCAAACCUACGCAGGUAGGUUUGAUCGGGGCGUCGCUGAAUGGUGACUACUUUGAGCCAUGGGACUCGAGCGAUCCCAGGGACCACGAAGCGGCAGAGCGACGCAUGGAGUUUUGUUUAGGUUGGUUUGCGAAUCCGAUCAUGCUCGGACAAGACUAUCCGGUAGAGAUGCGAGCGCAGCUCGGCCAUCGCCUGCCAACCUUCACCGAGGCCGAAUUCGCGCUGCUGCGCGAGGCUGAGGUCGACUUUUACGGCGUGAACUACUACACGGCGCAGUUUGCGCGGCAUCGCGAGUCCUCCGCGCCCGAUAGUGACUACUUGGGCAAUAUAGACGAAUACCAAGAGAAUAAGAAUGGGGUCUCAAUCGGCGAUCUAAGCGGCAUCGACUGGCUGCGUGCCUCGCCCGGCUCUUUUCGAAAACACCUCGUGCGGAUCUAUAACAGGUACAAGAAACCCAUCUACGUUACAGAGAAUGGGUGUCCGUGCCCUGGGGAGGUGACCAAGGAAGAUUGUGUUCAGGAUACAUAUCGCCAGCGCUACUUGGCUGAGCAUCUGGAUGCACUUGUUGGGGCGAUUGAGGACGGCUCGGAGGUGGCGGGGUACUUUGCUUGGUCGUUGAUGGAUAAUUUCGAAUGGUCCUCCGGUUACAGUGUCCGGUUUGGCCUGACGCACAUCGACUACACUACGCUUGAGAGAACACCCAAAGAGUCGGCGUUACGGAUUCGAGGGAUGAUCGAAGAAAGAACGCUGAUGGAGGGAAAGCGUCUGCAAUGA